CUUCCACUUCCUCUUCCUCUUCCGCCAUUAAUAAUCCUUCCAAAUCCUCUCAUUCUACCCACACAGUUUCCUUUUUCGAUAUGGGGUUUCCCAUCCUUACUCUCUCCUUCUUCUUACUCAUCAUCUCUUCUCUCUUCUCCCUUCAAUCAGCUCAACAAACCUUAGGUUUCCGAUGCACCAACACCUCCACCUCCACCUGCUACUCCCUCAUCGACUACCAGCUUCCAAACACCACCACCCUCUCCUCCGUCCAAACCCUCUUCGAAAUCAAAAACCUCCGCAUCCUCCUCGCCGCGAACGAUCUCCCCACCAACAUCUCACAGAACCAGAACUUCCCUGCUUCCUCUAUCCUCAAAAUCCCCUUCCCUUGCUCCUGCCGUAACGGCACCGGAAUCUCCAACCGCCGCCCCAACUACGUCGUCCUUCCUAACGACACCCUAUUCCAUAUCGCCGCCGAGGUAUUCUCCAGAGUGGUGACGUUCCCGCAGAUCCAGCUUGUUAAUAACAUACCCAAUGCGGAUUUGAUAAUGGUGGGUCAGAGGUUGUGGAUCCCAUUGCCGUGUAGCUGUGAUGAUGUGGAGGGGCAGGCGGUGGUGCACUAUGGACAUUUGGUGCAAGCGGGGAGUACGGUGAGUGGGAUUGCAGAGCAGUUUAAUACCACGGAGAGCACGUUGCUGAAUCUGAAUGGGAUGACGAGUCCUUCACAAUUGCAAGCCAGUUCAAUUCUUGAUGUUCCUCUGAAAGUUUGUACAUCCAUGGUGACAAGCAACUCUACAGACUACCCUUUACUUGUCCCAAAUGGUACUUCCAUUUAUACCGCUAACAAUUGUGUCCGAUGCAAAUGCAAUGCUGCCAACAACUGGAUAUUGCAAUGUGAGUCAUCGGGGCUUACUUUGCCACGAGGACAAACUUGUCCUUUGACCCUAUGUGAAGGCACCUCUGUCAGUUUGGGCAACAUUACUUCAGGUCCUGGUUGCAACCGGUCAAGAUGUGUGUACACUGGUUACGCGGAUGGCCGCAUCCACACUGCUAUCAACCAAGAAUCUACUUGUCCAGAGGGGAAUAACAACGACACGCCAGGAAGUGGGUGGAAAGAUCGGAGACUAAGCUUUGUUGUGGGUGCAUCAUUGAUGGCUGUCCAUCUUCUGAGCAUGUAGAGAUUGAUGAGAUUUAGUUGUGGUAUUAUGUUUUAUAAUGAUGUCAUUUUGGUUUUAUGUUUUGUAUAAUGUAAUGGGACUGAUGGUAUUGGUAUGGUAUUAAUAUGAAA